GACUUGCAGUACAGUGUAGCAGUAAGCAGCAGGCACUACCGCACUAGGUAAUUGGGUGAUACAGAUACUUCAUUUUCAUCUCAAAAUUUCCCGGCAAACUCACAGGGCGGCUGUCUACUCCUUUUCCUCCCUCUUUCCCGCUGUCUCUCUCCUCCCUAAAACCCUAAUUUUUCUCUCCCGCCUAAAUCGUCCACUGAAUCUCCAAAUCGAUUCAAUUUUUUCCUAGAUUCAACCUUCAAGCUAGGUUUCAUAUUCAUGUAAUUUUACCAAUCAUUUAAUUUUAAUGGCAGAAGAUAGAGAUCAAGACAGCGACUACACUUCGGAAGAUGAAGGAACUGAAGAUUAUCGCAAAGGAGGUUAUCAUGCAGUUCGAAUCGGCGAUAUUUUCAAGAAUGGAAGAUAUGUAGUUCAGAGAAAGCUUGGCUGGGGCCAUUUCUCCACUGUUUGGCUCGCUUGGGACACUCAGAAAUCUAUGUAUGUAGCCCUUAAAGUUCAAAAGAGUGCAAGACAUUACACAGAGGCUGCAAACGAUGAGAUAAAAAUUCUCAAACUGAUUGCAGAUGAUGAUCCUGAUGAUAAGAAGUGUGUUGUGAAACUCUUGGAUCAUUUCAAGCAUUUAGGUCCAAAUGGACAGCAUGUAUGCAUGGUGUUUCAAUAUUUGGGAGACAACCUCCUGACCCUUAUCAAGUAUUCAGAUUACAAAGGGAUCCCACUUCACAUGGUUAAAGAAAUCUGCUUCCAUAUAUUAGUAGCUUUGGAUUACUUGCAUCAGCAAUUGUCAAUGAUACACACCGAUCUUAAGCCAGAAAAUGUCUUGCUCUUGUCCACGAUUGACCCUUCCAAAGAUCCAAAGAAUUCAGGCGAACCUCCACUCCUUCCAAAAAGUAAAAGUAAACCUAAGCCAGACAAGUCUGACAAGUCAGACAAGUCAGACACAGAGCCCCCUGAAACUGCGGAAUCCUUAAAUGGGAAUUUGACUAGGAACCAGAAAAAGAAGAUCAAGAAGAAGGCCAAACGGGAUGCACAGAAGUGUGAUGGAGAAGAGGCUUCUGGGGAUUCCGAGUCCAGCACGGGAUUAAUAGGCCAAGAAGAAUCUAAUGAUGAAGUUAAAGUAAAUGAAAACUCUUCUGAACAAGGAAAGAAGAGUCAUAGAAGACAUAGUCGUGCCACAAGGCAAAAGCUCUUGAAGGCAGUGGACUCUAAAUGCAAAUUGGUUGACUUUGGAAAUACUUGCUGGACAUAUAAGCAGUUCACAUCGGAUAUCCAAACUAGGCAGUAUAGAUGUCCUGAGGUUAUUCUUGGAUCCAAAUACUCAACUCCAGCAGAUCUAUGGUCCUUUGCCUGCAUAUGUUUUGAGCUUGCCACUGGUGAUGUUCUGUUUGAUCCGCAUUCUGGUGGCACCUACAGUAAGGAUGAGGAUCACCUUGCUCAGAUGAUGGAGCUUCUUGGCAUGAUGCCUCGCAAGGUAGCUCUAGCUGGACGCCGUUCAAAUGAGUUCUUCAGCAAAAAAGGGGAUCUAAAACACAUUCGUGAGUUAAAAAUUUGGCCACUUGAUAAGGUGCUUGUGGAUAAGUAUGACUUCGGGGAGCAAGAUGCAAAGGACUUGGCAGAUUUCCUCACCCCUAUCCUUGAUUAUGUUCCUGAGAAGAGGCCAAAAGCUGUACAAUGCCUUAGCCAUCCAUGGAUUGAUCCAGGUCCACGACUUCUUGAGCCUUCAGUGCUUAGUGGUCAAGUCCAGGCCGUAGAUAAUGAUGAUAAAAGGGCAGACAUGGAAGACGGAGGGCAACUUGAAGCAGGAGUGGAGAAUCUUGCUCUUGAUUCUGACUCCAAUAUACCACACAGGAUUUGAAAUUUUACAUCUGUUCAUCUUGUCAAUGACAACUAAGGACUAGUUUAUGUUGGAAUUGGUCCUGUUCUGUUUCGAGCUGCGUAUUAUGCUCGAUAGAAGGCCGUACGGUUGGUAGACGAUGUUGGUGGUGUUUAAGCAUGGCUGAUGGGCUUAGCAUAUUCAGUUACAUUUGUUAUGCAAAUGCCUAGUAAAGAAAGGAUGAUGCGAAUGUAGUCUUGCGAGCAACCUUGGCUGUUCUGAGUAUGAGGCUGUCAGUUUUGUCGGAUAUCAAUGUACAUUCGAGUGGGGUAUACAAAACUUUUGAGCUUGUUACCUUUACAUUCUUCUGUUCUAAAUGAAAAGACUCAAUUUGGCUAAAUUUUAGUUAAAAGAUAGAAGGUUGUGGGUCCCUUAUAGAGUGAAUUACGGGUAGACCCAUUUGGCAAAAUUUUGCAUUUUUUAUGUAAUAGUCCAAAUACAAACACCAUGGGUAAAAAAAGUCGUGAGAAGCUUAUUGUA